UGCACAUUUAUAAAACUUUUAGAAGUAGCAUCUAACAAGGCAAUUGAAUGUUGAUACGAGUUGUUACGAAAGGCUUAAAACUUGUAAUUUGUAUUACUCUUUGUACGUUAAGUGAAUUGGAGAACAAUUAAAAAACUCAGUCGUUCAAUCAAAAUUAUAUCAAGAUGAUGGACAAUUUGGAACCUCUCACCACUGAUGGUGGUCGUAUAGUAAAAAUGGAAGUGGACUACACUGCUACAUGUGAUGAAAAAAUCGCUGUCGCUGAAAGUUUGGCGGCCAGCGGUAAACUACAAGAAGCAUUGGAUACGUUACUUGUGCUUGAAAAACAAACUAGAACUGGAUCUGAUAUGGCUUCAACUAGUCGAGUUUUGGUUGCUAUUGUUAAACUAUGUUUUCAAGCCAAAGAAUGGGCAUUACUUAAUGAACAUAUUGUUAUGUUAACUAAAAGAAGAUCACAGUUGAAACUUUCAGUUGCAGCUAUGGUCAGGGAGUGUUGUACAUUCAUUGACCAAACACCCGAUAAAGAGACAAAAUUGAAAUUAAUCGAAUCCCUAAGGAACGUUACUGAAGGAAAGAUAUAUGUAGAAGUAGAAAGAGCUCGUCUCACACAAAAAUUGGCUCAAAUUAAAGAAGACGAAGGCGAUGUUACUGGCGCUGCAAAUAUCAUUCAAGAAUUGCAGGUGGAGACUUAUGGUUCAAUGAAAAAACAAGAAAAAGUUGAACUCAUUUUGGAACAGAUGAGAUUAUGUUUGGCUAAGAAAGAUUAUAUUCGUACACAGAUUAUAUCAAAGAAGAUAAAUACAAAGUUUUUUGAUGAUGAUAAACCUGAAAUACAACAGCUCAAAUUAAAAUACUACAAAUUAAUGAUUGAGCUGGGUGAACAUGAUGGUCAAUACUUAGAUAUAUGCCGCCACUACAGAGCUAUUCAAGUUACUCCUGAGAUUAAUACUGAUGAAACAAAAUGUAAUGCUGCUUUGCAAAAUGCAAUAUUAUACCUCAUUUUAGCUCCAUACGAUAAUCAUCAAUCUGAUUUAACUCACCGAAUUCUGGAAGAUGAAACUUUACAAAAAAUACCCAAGUACAAAUCAUUCCUGCAAUUAUUUACCACUAUGGAAUUGAUUCAAUGGAAAGAGUUGAGCCAGGAUUAUGAAAUUGAACUAAAAUCUGGGCCUACAGCUACAGAUGUAUUUUCAGAAAGCACUGAAAAAGGAAAGAAACGUUGGGCUGAUCUUAAAAACAGAGUUGCUGAACAUAAUGUUCGUGUAAUGGCCAAAUAUUAUUCUAGAAUCAGAGUUGUUCGAAUGUCUCAGUUAUUAGAUAUGACUUUAGAGGAUACUGAACAAUUAUUAUCUAACAUGGUUGUAGAUAAAUCUGUAAAAGCUAAAAUCGAUCGUCCGUCAGGUGUGGUUGAAUUUUCAGUUGGAAAAUCUGUUAACGAAGUGUUGAAUGAAUGGUCAUUUGGACUCAACGACCUCAUGAAGCUAGUAAACAAUACUACUCAUCUCAUCAACAAAGAACAGAUGGUUCAUAAACAUUUACUGUCUCAUUAAGAAAUAAUUAAACAUUUGUAAAUUUCCCCAAAAAACACAAAUUUAAUAAUAAUUUAAUUGUUAUUUUUAAUUAUGAUAAAUUAUACUCAUCCAAAAGUUUUUUGCUCGUUUUCAAUUUUAUAGUUUGAAUGAGUGUAAUACAUUUAUAUUUUUUACAAUAACUAUACACAUUCAAUAAUGAUAGGGGCGCAUAAGAAGAAAAUUACAUAUUAAUGAGUGAAAAAAAAAAUUUGUGAAUACUUUAGGAUAAAUUCAAUACAAUGUAAUUAAAUUAAUAAGUGCUUUUUAUUUCUAA